AAGCCGGUUCUGUUAGUUUAUUAUCCAUUGUGUCCUCGUCGCUCGAGUUAGUUUUCUUUUAGUUCGUGGAGAAAGACGUUCAAUUAUUUAUCGGCGCGAUUGCUUAAUCUGAAAGUGUUAGUGAUUUCUAUGGUUUACCAAUGAGCACGCGUUUUUUGUUAGAAAAAAGUGCAGUUGCGAGAAAGUUUCGGACUAAUUUUUGGAUACGACCAAGGCGUUAACCACCAAGCCCUCCCCUCACGUUUCCUUCGACACCGGUACGCUUCAAACCGGCAAAAUUCCGGUGGCAAGGGAAAACCUCGGCCCUCUUCGCGAAGGGACCACAAUGGGCCACAUUCAGCAGAACGUGAGUUCGGCUGGCUACUUCGACGGCAACGUCCAAUUGGAGACCGCGACGCACACUUUAUUCGUGGAUGCCUUCCUUCAAAAUAACAGACUGGACCAUGUAACCCAAGUUAUGGGAUAUCAUCCCGCGUACUUGGAUCACUUCCUCAGAACACAGCACUUUAUACUUCGCGGAGAUGGCCCUCUUCCCUACGACUAUAGACAUUAUAUUGCAAUUAUGGCGUCCGGGCGCCACCAGUGCAACUACCUGAUCGCCCUGCAGAAGCAGGAGUUCCUGCUGCAGGGCGGCGCGCACACGUGGCUAAAGGGCCUCGAUUAUAUUCCACAGAAGCUAAGAAAUCUGUACGAUAUCAACAAAAUAUUGGCGCACCAGCCUUGGCUUUUGAAUAAAUCUCAUAUUGAGAAGUUAACGAAAGGCAAAGAUAGCUGGUCGCUGGCCGAAGUCGUGCACGCCAUAGUCAUAUUGACUCACUUUCACUCGCUGUGUUCGUUCGUCUUCUCGUGCGGCGUCAAUCAGGAGGUCGACCAAAUCGGAGCGCACACGUAUCCCGCAUCGGACGGCGGGACAAACGCGACGGCCAUCUGCGUCGAUCCUAGCAAUAUAAAUAUCUCGAAAAGUCAACCCAAAGAUAUACCUAUCAGUAAUAGAAAAGACUGGAAAUAUUCAUCAAAUUUAAGCCCACCGUCCCCGACCGAACCGGAAGUGGGCAUAACGACGCUAAUGCAACGCAUGAAGACGCUUUCGGAACACAAUGAGGAGUGCACGCCCGUCGAGCUGACGAAACGUUUCGAGAACGUCGAAUCGCAAUCGGCCGAACUCGGAGCGGUCGGCGCCGAACCGCAGGAGGCGCCCGCCGACAUUUGCGUCUUCGUCGAGGAUCCGUCGUUUAUCUAUCACGAUUUCGCGAAGAGGCACGACGACGAUAUCGUGACGUUUCGAGUGCAAGACUACUCGUGGGACGAUCAUGGGUACUCUUUGGUGAAUAGGUUAUACAACGACGUGGGCAAUCUUCUUGACGAUAAAUUUAAGACUGCAUAUAAUUUAACAUAUUAUACUAUGGGUGGACGUACGGAUGUAGAUACUUCCCGUUUUCGCAGGGCCAUCUGGAAUUAUAUUCAAUGUUUGCUUGGUAUACGUCACGACGAUUACAAUUACGGCGAAAUUAAUCAGCUAUUAGAACGUACCUUGAAGACUUUCAUUAAAAGCGCCUGUUGCUAUCCGGAACGUGUAACCAAGAAGGAUUACGAUAGGGUUCUUCGCGAAUUUAAACAUAGUGAGAAGGUACAUGUCAAUUUAAUGGUGUUAGAAGCACGUAUGCAAGCCGAAUUAUUAUACGCCCUAAGAACUGUGAAUCGCUACAUGACAAAUUAAUCAGCGCGCGCGCGGCAUUUUUUCCCAAGGAAGACACCUAUAUCUAUAUUAUAUAAAUAUAUAUCUUCACUCACGUUUCAUACUUCGUUUUCAAGGUAUGAAUUUAUAUCAUGUGCACAGAAAGUAUAUUAAUAUAUAUAUUAGUGAUUAAAAAGGAACUAUUUUUGUUGUCUGUUUUAAAUUUUAUGUAACGAUAUGGAUAGAGCGCGGUCGCAAAUGUUGUGAUUACCAAGCUACUAUAAUUAUUGUAUAACCGAAUUUUAUUGAUGUGUUUCUUCGUUGUCAUUUUGAUUUCGUUGCGUUCCUGAAGGGAACGUCGCACCAAAUUGACCACUUUUGUAAAUAACGAAACUAUCGUAUAAAUAUUAUAUUUUGGCUAUUGUGUCACGCCUUUUACGAAGAAGACGGAGGGAAAUGUUUUCAUUUACGAAACAUCUAUUGAUCUGGUCACUUUAUACGGAGGCUCUGUAUAUUCUCAUUUGUGAAGGUUCACUCUUAAAAAUGAUUAAAAAAAUAAUAAUAAACGGAAGUUAUCUGUGUUAAGUAGUACAACGGCGAACGAAAAACUGCAAGAGAAUUUUUGUUGGCUUUUGUUGAAACCGCAUUAUACAGUGUGUUCCAAUCGAAGCCGCCGAGACUAUUGCUAGAAAAAAUCUUUGGCGUUUUGCAGCACUGCCGAGAUGCUUUUCUUCCAUAAAAACAUUUCUGUGCACUCAGAAGCGAGCGGUUUUAGUUCAAACACACUGUAUUAUGCCCAAAUUUAUAUCUUGAUCUCAGUAUUAAUUUAUUCAGUUUAAAAAAACCAUUGCAACUGUUAGUGUUUGUCACUGCCAUAUGGAAUUUGUAUUAGGUUAGUAAAGGUUCGAGAUCGCGUAUCGUCGACUGGAGCAGCUAAUUUUCAUCCGGUACAGAGAUCUCGAUCUUGCUCGAUUAAUACGAAAUUUUGGGUUAGUUCAUAAUGUUAUUAUUAUUAUUAUUCUUGUAGAUUGGUGAAUUCGUAAUUUUCAAAUUGUGAAUCCCGCUUGUUUUCGUAGAGUAUAACGAGAAAACUGCAUGUAGAAUUUAAUAUAACGCUGUGAUGUUACAUUUUCUGUAUUUAUUUGAAACAAUUAAGUUAAUCGAAAGAGAAACAACUUUUCGGCCUAUUUUAUUCGAUUUAGCUUUUCGUCCUUUUAAAGUUUCGUUGCAAACUUCUGCAAAUUUGUGUGUUAGUUGCAGUUCAAAAGAGAAAAAAAAACAAUAAUUAAUAAAAAGAUGCAGAAGUACAAAUACAUGUAAUGUGUAGGAUGAUUACGUUGGAUUUCAUAACUUAUCUUUUAAUCGUUUUGUUGAUUUCGGGAGAAAUAACGAAAAAAUAUUUUUACAUUUUUACAAUCUAUUUUCAAUUUACGUCCGAAUGAAUGUAGCUCCGUUCGAUUUUGGGGGAGAAAUGUUUGUGAAACGGAAUUACAUUUAUUUACGGUUAUGAAAUCCCUGGCAGUCACAUUAUGUUGUGGGGUAUUCUCCAAUUUGUGAUAUUUAUCUAAAUGUGAUUACUGUGUAAUUAGAUUUUAGAUUGUUUCAACUGAAUACCUACAAUAAGUUUUGUUGAUGUUUAACCAUAGACUUUUAGUGAGAUGUUUUUAAUUUAAUUAAUCCUCUUCAAAUAAAGUAGUUUGAUGCUAA